UCUCCUGUCUCUUCAACUCCCUCAAGCGUUCUCUUUCCUCAGCGUGCUGUCUCUUGGUCUCCUCGAUCUCAUUGACAAUUCUGUCCUUGUAUGGGAAACUGGAUGGAAUACCUGGGUCCUUCUUGUGCUUACUCUUCCAUGUUGGGUCCUUCUUAGCAAGCUUGUUCUGUUUCUUUCUGUGGGCUGCUGCUUUCUUCUUAAUACCUUCCCUCAUACGGGUGGUGCCUCUCUUGGAAACUGGCUUCUUAAGUCUCAUCUUGGUCCACUACUCUGUGCUUUAAUUGGUCUACUGAGCGUAUACAAACGAUCCAUAAAAGAGAGAGAAACGGUGAAAAAAAUAUUCGAGGCCUCACAAAAUUUUCAUGCGAUGAGCUUCUUGGAUUUCCUAUUUCGGGAAUUACCGGAUUCGGAUAUUGGCGUUUUUUUUUUCGCUUUUCAUGCUGCGCAAAUUUGGCGGAACUGGUGUUACUGAAAACGGCAAGAAAAAAAAAACACACGCCAAAAUCAACACAACAUUGAACUCUUUGCCACUUCGCCAUCAUCGUUCUUUCUCUUCAGUUGGAAGGAGGCAAGGCAGGAUGACGAUUGCCGAGGUUGUUCCGAGAACUGGUCCUGAUCUUAACAUCAUCUUAUCAUGUCCUGAGUGUAAGGUUUUCCCACCCGAGCUGGCUGAGAGGUUUUCCGAAGGAGAUGUUGUCUGUGCGCUGUGUGGACUUGUGCUUUCCAACAAGGUUGUUGAUACACGUUCUGAAUGGCGUACUUUCUCGAACGAUGACCAGAAUGGUGGUGAUCCGUCGCGUGUUGGUGAGGCCAGCAAUCCGUUGCUGGAUGGUAACCAGCUAUCCACGAUGAUCAGUUCGCAAGGUGAUAACGCCAGGGUUGGUAGGGACCUGAGCAAGGCACAGAGCAAGAGUAUCGUGGAUAAGAAGGACAACGCAUUGCAUGCGGCGUAUGCGAAGAUCCAGAUGAUGUGCGAGGCUGCUCAGCUACCGAAGAUUGUGGCUGAUGGUGCUAAACAGGCUUACAAGCUGACCCACGAUGAGAAAGUGCUGAAGGGUAAGAGCCAGGAGAGUAUCAUGGCUGCCGUCAUCAAAGUUGGGUGUCGUAAGGCCAAGGUGGAUAGAACCUUCAAGGAGAUUUGCACGUUGACCCGUGUGCCCAAGAAGGAGAUUGGCCGUGUCUUUGGUAUCAUCAAGAAGAUACUGGAGGAGAAAUCAAAGGAGAACCACCAAUUUGCCACACAGGAGAACUUCCAAUCCUCUCAGACGUCUGCAGAGGACCUCAUCAGAAGAUUCUGUUCGCAUUUGGGUCUUUCUAUGCAGUUGACCAACGCCGCAGAGUACAUUGUCAAGAAGUGUCAGGACACCGGUGUGUUGGCUGGUAGAUCGCCAAUCACCAUUGCGGCUGCCGUUAUCUACAUGACUGUACUCCUAUUCAAGGCGGACACAUCACCGGCAAGAAUCGCAGAGAAACUAGGAGUCAGUGACGGUACUAUCAAGACAAGUUACAAGUUGCUGUACGAUGCCAGAGAUGAUCUCUUGGACCCUGCGUGGAUCGAAUCAGGUAAGAUCAAGCUGGAGGAUUGAUACCCUUUCAAAG